UAUCCGAUUACUAGCAACUCAUUCAAUCUAAAACAACGCAUUAUCUCUCUCAGUACUCUAAAAGGUACCGCUCCCAUUGUGGACCUUUUGAGGCUGAACAUCCUAAUUAAUACCAAACCGUUUUUUUAACCCCUAUCAGGUACGACGAGCAGCCCCGUCCUUUUUAUAUGGAAGUUCCCCCCCCCGGAAGGGGGGGGGCAAUAAGAAGGCAAGAAUGUAUUUUACAGAUUACACUAUUCAAAUAAAUGCAGGUACAGGUAUUAUUCUCGCCUCUGCUGGGAUGCUAUUGACAGAUAUCUACGUUUGAUACCAGUUUUCCUCGAUUCCAACUCAAUUUUCACUUUUUAGGCCGAAAGACUAACUAUCACAAGUUUAUAAUGCUUAUAAAUUAAAACUUUUGAUACCAUUUCUUCUGAUAGGUCGUUCCUACAGAGAUGGUAGAGUAAAGUAAAGACAGACCUCAACCCCCAAAUUUUAUAUUGCCUGUAAAAACAGGUUCAUUAGGAGUAUUAAUAAUUGACUAGAUUAAAGGAGUCUUCAGAUAAAGAUAGACGACGGUACUGGUUGUUCUUGAAGCUCCCGCGUGGCGUGGCUCCCUUGCUGUCCCUCACGCGCGUAGUCACCCACGCGCGUUUUGUACAUGCGCAGUGAGACUUGUUUUGCCGCCAUCAUUCGAAUCGUAACGACUUCGGAAUUGGUUGUUAUUCAAAAAGCUUGGAAUAUUUGAUUUCAAAGUCACAUGAAUUUUUCUCCACAGAGCGAUACCAGGGGAAUUCAUGAACAAAACCAGGGUUUCAAAAGCCGCCUUAGAUUUGAUAACACAGUCUACAAAUCGGCGUCAGAAGCUCUAGAGGCUUACAUCGCUCAGUUUGAAGGCGGCCGAAGCGUCACGAAUUAUCGACGGCGUCCUUCCGAUUUGCUUUCUCCAGCACCGAAAUUUUACUUUAUGGAUUCAUUAGAAAGAUCGCUAAGAAGUCCUCCAAGUAAAUCGCCUGCUAGAAAAGUCGAUGAGCUUUUGGAGUGGGUCAACGUAACUUAUGCGAAGGAGUUAUCGAGUAGAGUUGCACCUUUCGGAUACAGAACUACUCUGGAACUCCCUGGUUCAGAUGAAGAAAAUAUGAAUCCUUACCCAGCCAGGCGUGUUCGUCACUCACACAGUGGCAAUGAUGGUGAGCUUUCUACCCUCCCCUCCCCCAGUUCUUCAGUGGUUGAUCUAGACAGCAAUGCUGGUACUGUGGAAACAGAAGUUCUACUGAGCAGUUUCAAAGGAUCUAGACCUUUGGCCUCAGGAUCCUAUUCCAGUAAGGCAUCAUUGAGAUCCCCACCAAAAGUGGGGCCAAUGAAAAACCGUUCUCGACCUGAUGGCAGUACAGAGUACCCCAGUUGGGUGUCUGGACUUGGCAAAGAGUACCCCAGUUGGGUGGAAGAUCUUGACACUACUGGACGGCACAGAAAAAAAGAGAGCCCUGAUAAGAAGUACUCUUCAAGCACGUCAUCCACAUCAGAAACUGACACAAAAAGGAAAUCAUUCAUGCGUUCUUCACGGUCCACGCCAGGUCUUAAAGUGUCCGAUUUACAAUCCAGAGGCAGUUACUCUUCAAGAAGACCCAAGGACCCAACAAUAGUAAAAAUGGCGGAAAGUAGAAUGAACGGAGUUGACUGGAAUGAUGGAGCAAGCACAGACACGGAUAUGUUAGUUUCGCAGUCUGUAUAUGGACAAAAUCCGGUAAAUAUGGGAGGCGAUUUCCAUAAUUCUUUAUACCAGGACAAGAAGGUUGCGCGACUUAAAAAAGAGUCCACUAAAAAGCUCCGUAAAAGCACGGGCAAGGUAAGAUCUGGAGAACAGUCAUCAGUUUCUCCGAGACGAUCUAAAAGUCUAAGUUUCACACCCACAAAAACUCUGCGUUUUUCCACAAGGGACGAAUAUUUGGAAGGAAAAGAGAGCACGCCUUCUAGAACUAAUGUAUUGAGGGAUUCGUCCCCAGAGGGGAGUCCUUUUACUGCUCUUCCCUCAAGAUACAGCAUACCUCCACAGAAUGAAAGAUAUGGCACAACUGAAGAGGCUGGACGCCGCAGCGUGUCACCAAGGUUAAACCGAAUGUACGUUUCGCCGCCUACUCUAACACGGUAUUCAAAUCUACCCGCCAAGAGGGAAGAAGGAAAAUCAUUACCAACUGUCAGUAGAAAACAGUAUGCUAGUUCCAGUCCUGUCAAAUCUCCGUCGCCCGUAAGCAUUCCACUAAAGAUAGACUUGCCGCCACGAAAGGACGACAGCGAUAUGGAGUCUGACGACACGGACAGAGUCAUGCGCAAAUCACCUACUGGAAUUAAAAUGGAAAAGAUGUAUAGAGAUCCUAAUACCAUGUACCCUUGGAAAACUAUGAUUCAGAGUUCUAGAUCGCAAGAGAGCACCGUCGAGUCCGUACAUCCUAAACCCCAAUAUUAUUCAACACCCAUGGCUUACACGGGUAGGGAAACCCCGAUGGUACAUGGCUCAUCGGGCAGGCAAACUUAUUCUAGCAGUGUGCCCCACAGUGACCGUCGUAGCGAUUCAAGAGUGGCUUUCUCUGAACCCAGAAUCCAGACCCAGCGUAACAUGCACGCAAGGACGAUGGAGAAUUUGAAAUCAACUCCCAAGCCCGUGUUCGCCAGUUCAAGUUACCGAGCAAGAGAGGAGAAGCUUGCAAAGCCAGCUCCUGAUGCACGGUACCGGAAACCUCCUCCCGGUCCCAGCAGGAGUGCAGCGCGGAAGACAAGUCACCGACGGAGCAAAACGGUUCCUGAUUUAAGAAGGAUCGCCAUCAGUUCAGCUUCAAGGCCAAGACAUUCACGCCGGAGUCUUGACGAUGAUGUCAUCAGUGUGAACACGGCGGACACUGAAACGCUUGUUACCCACCCACCCAUGCCUCUGUUUGAUGUCAGCCCUUCGCUGACUACUGUCUCAGAUAGCGACACAUUAGUCGAGUCGGAACCGGAGACAGAGACGGACAUGGGUGUGAUCAAAACACGUCACUUGAGUCCGCGGCAUAUGACGCAAGUGACAGAGGUACAGGAGGAAGACGAGAAGUUUUCGCCGACAAGUGCGUUUGCUUCGACCAACCCGCAUGCAGCAGUACGAGAAGAACUUCCUCAGAGAUUUCACUUAUGGAAGUUAGAUGAAGACACAAAGGCACCAGAAAGCUUCAUUAGAAGGCGCUUUACAAGUCCAAAGUCUGGCAUCAUAUCAUCAUUCCUUGAAGACUGUCUGAGUGUUGAUAGUGAUGAUAAAAAACCAGUGAAGCCGGAUAACAGCUCUCCUGCAGCGAGACUCAGUGGAAAGGAAGCUGCCCCAGGCCCUGUGGAAGCCUUGAAACAGAUGCUGUUUACCAUGCAGGACAUGGCGCAUCACGAAUCGCUAGAUAACGGUGAUUCAGACUACUAUAAGGCUUCCUCUGAUGUGGAUUUCAAGUCCAGAGAUGCAAAAGAUUCUCUUACGUCAGAUGACCAAAGUGAGCGAGACGCCGACAUUUUCCGUGGAGAGGUCUCUUUACAAAGAGCGUAUCAUCAUCUGGAACGACUCAAGAGACUUGUGGGAAGAGAAGAUGAUCGCUCUUCAGUGAGCUCCACCAAUUAACAACCACACACAUUGUAAUUAAUUUAGUUAGUUUAAAGUUAAUUAAUUAUCUACUGGUACGUUGUUCUCAUUGAAAAAAGCCGUUUCGGGCGUGCGCCGUGAUCUUUAUCCAAUGCCGUUUUGUUUAUCACGGAUGUUCAUCAGUUGAUUGCAAUUUCACGUGCCUCCUCCCCGGUUCCUGCUGACAGUCCGUAUAUACCAUGAAACUCUAGCUCUUCGUCUCCAAGUCUUUACGGAAGGAAUGGUUGAGCCCGGACGUUUUCUUUCUUGGUUUACGUAAGAGACGUACGUACCAUUUAAGGACAUCUUGCUAGUGUAAAUUAAAUGGCUCGUAUGUUUUGGAGUCAAAGUGGAAAAAAAAUUGCUGCUAGCUAUAGAUGGCUGUCAUAUUGAGGCUAUUCUUGAGGACUCUUGCCUGUCUUAUUAAUUUAAUACCGCAUAUUUAAACAAUGACAGAAUAUCGAUUAAAUGUCAGCUAUAUAUCAAAAGAGAACAUGCUUUCUGAGCAUUUAUAGACCACUAAUCCCAUAUUUUCAGUGGUGAUCUUUGUUUUCGGGAGCAGCGUUUUGUAGUAUUAUGAGAUUUUAAGAUCGGUUGCUAGAGAUUUUUGAGGUAUAAAUAUAAGCUGUCAGCAAGGGUGGUGAGGUUUACAUAUAAAUUUGUCAGUUAUUGCUUAAAGUUUUGAUUUUUCAAUUUUCAUCUACACCUUCCAGCCUUGUAUGGCACAGAAUGGCAUGGCCUUUAAUAGAGUGACCUUAACUCUUGAAUCAGCAAUCUGAAUUUGUGAUUAAACCAGAUAUGCGGCGCUUUCAAGAAAGUUUCCUACACAGUAUUAAGCAUUCAUGCAGUUACGAUAAAAUGUCGGUCGACGCAUCAUCUCAUCAUCCACCCUCCCCUUCCCCCUUUUUCCCAGCUCAGAGAGGGAUGUGGUUUUGAUUACGAGAGCACAAUUGACGUUCCAGUGUAUUAAGAGAAAUAGACCAGAGAUUAACGAUUAUUCAGAUACAAAGAUCAUUUAUUGAGAUUUCGUUUUUAUUAUCAUUAUUCCGCUUGGUUCUUAUCAAAUCAAUAAACUUUUUAUCAAAUUACAAAAUAGCUAUGGGUUGUUAUUGCAUGGGAAGGUGAUUCAGAGAAAUUUGUUGGAAGUGAUUUUUGAUCAAAUAUUUUCUGAUAAUUUUUUAUAGUUUUUAUAGGGUAAUAUAUACGAAUAUUUAUAUUUAUACUACUAGUAAUUGCAAAUAUUAAACAACUUGGUCUAUUCUUUUGUGGAUUUAUAAUAUAUUAAAUAUUGUUACAAAGCAACGUAUCCUUUAGUCUGUUAUUUCCGUCUCCUGG